AUCCAGCCACUAGUACCAACUCGUUCGCGCAACAUAACGGUCGUCGAAAGGGCACACGAUCGUUUGCGGGCAACUUAGAGCAAAAAGAGUGACUGAGGCUGAGGUGGGAAAUCGUGUUUGCGUUGACAAAAGCUUGCCGUAGCUUAGUGUUCUGGUGCGAACGGAGGAGGAUUUGCUCUAAAUUCCCUGACGCUUCCACGACUGUGCCGAUCGUGUUUAACAGCGUGUGUCCGUCCAGUGUGCGCCCGAUCAAGUGUCGCCAAGUGUUGUGAUCCCAGGUAGAGUGUGGUCGUUGUUUCCCUUUUAAUAAGGGCAUUUAGAGAUAAGGGCGAAUUAGAGUUUAUACAGUCGAGAGUAAGGGGCAGUGUGUGAUUUGAUGGAGCAAGGCGGCGCUCAGAUGUGCAAUUCGUGCAAUGGGUUUGAGUAGUGGCAGCACUACCAAAACAGUGGUUCUCGUUUAAAACUCGGCGGAAAAGGAGUUUUACAGGCUGGCUGCCUCGCUUGUACGUGAAUUCCAUCCACGCCACGCACCACCAUAGCAGCCAGUGAGUCCAUGCCCGUUUGCUGCGUAUGUGGUACAAAAGUGCGAGUGCGAGUGUGUGCGAAGAAGGGUCAUCGAGCGAAAGAAUACAAAAAAAGGAGGAAAUAAAGCAAGUGCCGAAGAGCAGGGGGAAAAUUACAAUAUACAGGAAUUUGUGUAAAAUAUUUCCGAGACCCGAGACGGAGACGGUGGCUUGCAGGGCAAGGUGCAGGUCCUGCAGGUAUGCCAAUGCCAUAGAGAAGCGCAGCAGCAACGAACGAGUACAGCACGUGCAUCGAUUGACAAGUUUGGGUUAGAAGAAAUUUUCCGUGCAGAAAACGACAGGUCCUACUCGUGUGUCGCAAAAUUCGCGAUCUCCAGUUAAAGCUCGCUAGCUUCGUUGUCCAGAAUCGCCCGAGCUCUAUCAACUUAAGCAAAACUUUGUGCGUGUGUGUGAAGAGAAUCGCUUCCCAAAAAAGAGUGGCGCGAGUGUACUUCGAGUGUCGGCUUUUCGCGAGUGAUAGUGCAAUUGUUUGGGCAGAAUGGCGGAAGCCUUCAGCAAGUGUGGGUACCCUGAGCAGUGAAUCCAUGCGGUAGUGUGUACCAUGGCCGGCAGCAUGAGAAAUAGCAAGUUCAGCCGAUGUAUCAAAUUCCAACGGUUUAGCAACAUUUGGGCAAUAUUAUGACGCACCUGACUAGUAAACGUGUAAAGGUGCCCGGCGGUGCCCAUUCCCAGCGUGACAUCCCAUAAGACACCCAGCCAGUGUCUGUCGUGCCCGAGUGAAACAAGUCAGAGGUUGAGGAAAGGAAAGUUUUACGGGGCGGAAAGCGCAAAGUGUCCCUUGUAGAAGAAGAGUUUAGGAAAAAGGAAGAGAAGCAGUGAGUGAAAAUGUAUAGUGCCAGUGUUAUGAAUAUCAUUUGUUGGCUGCUGGUGGUGACGUUGGGGCUGUUAGCCUUCGAACAGGUGGGAGCACACAGUCCCGGGCCGGGGCCAGGGCCAGGUCCGGGCGUCGUUAUCAUGCCCAGGCGUCGGUCCUCCAGCGACGGGGCAAUGCAGUCCCGGGCGGUGGAAACACGCGUCCAGUUCAAUGUGUUUGAGAACGAACCGAAGGGCACGGUGGUGGGAUACAUUCCUACCAAGCCCGGCUUUACGUACCGGUUCAAUGAGCCACCGCGAGAGUUCGUGUUGGAUGCGAGCACUGGCGAGAUCAAGACAAAUGCCGUGCUGGAUCGAGAAGCGUUACGGGCCGAUCGGUACGAUCUGGUGAUCCUUUCCAGCCAACCGACCUACCCGAUCGAAGUGCGCAUCACGGUGCUGGACGUGAACGACAAUGCGCCGGAGUUCCCGGAACCCACGAUUGCGGUUUCAUUUUCCGAGAGCGCCAUCACCGGUACCAGGUUGCUGCUGGAUGCCGCCACCGACCGGGACGCGGGAGAGAACGGAGUGACGGACGAUUACCGAAUUGUGGACGGUAAUCAUGACGAAAAGUUCCGGCUUGCCGUUACAACCAGCCCGAACGGUGACGUGUACUAUCUGCAUCUGGAGACCACCGGCAAGCUGGACCGCGAAAGUCGCGGCUUCUACGCACUGAACAUCUCGGCGAGAGAUGGCGGAGAACCGGCACGGUACGGUUAUCUGCGCGUCAAUGUAACCAUCCUGGACGUGAAUGACAAUCCGCCCAUAUUCGACCACAGCGACUACAUCGUGUCGCUAAACGAGAGCGUUCUACCGGGCACGCCCGUUUUGCAGGUGAUGGCUUCGGACAGCGAUUUGGGCGACAAUAGCAAAAUAACCUACUAUUUGGCCGACGCCGAAACGCAGUUCACCGUCGAUCCCGAGACGGGCGUUAUUGCGACGACGGAGCAACUCACCUGUCCGCAUCAGAACUGUCAUGAGGGGGGCCGAAGUUGUCCCAAGAGCUGCGUGUUUACCGUGUUUGCGCGGGAUCACGGUACGCCACGGCAGGACGGCCGUACUUACGUCACAGUGAACCUGGUGGACACAAACGAUCAUGAUCCGGUGAUUCGGUUUCAGUACUUCCCACCGACCGGUCGGUUUGCGACGGUCGACGAAAAUGCUGCCAACGGUUCAGUGGUGGCGGCCGUGUCGGUAGUGGAUGCAGACGAAGGACUGAACGGCGACACUAGCCUGCGCAUCGUGGCCGGCAAUGAUCUGCAACACUUUCGGCUGGAGAAGUCUCCCAGCUUUUACAUCGUGCGGGUGAACGGUGUGCUUGAUCGGGAGGAAAUUGGCAAAUACAAUCUCACCGUGGUCGCUAUCGAUCGUGGUGUACCGGCCCGAACUGCAACCGCCCAUCUCAUCAUUCACGUCAACGAUGUCAACGAUCACGAGCCUGUGUUUGAGAAAUCGGAGUACUCGGCAGUGCUUAGCGAGCUGGCCCCACCCGGCACGUACGUGGCAAGCAUUACGGCCACGGACGAGGAUACGGGUGUGAAUGCUCAAAUUUUCUACGACUUUGUGGCAGGUAACCGGGAUCAGUGGUUCCGGAUCGAUCCUUCGUCGGGGCUGAUUACGACGCGUGCACCACUCGAUCGCGAAGUGCUCGGCCAUGUGGAGCUAAGCAUCUCGGCACGGGACGGUGGUCCAAAUCCGAAGUGGGCACACACUCAGCUGAAGGUGACGAUCCUGGAUGAGAACGAUGAAGCACCAGCCUUUGCUCAGCCACUGCUUAACGUAACGCUCAGUGAGACUUCACCACCGCGCACUGUAGUUGUUUCGCUGGCAGCUGUCGAUCACGAUCAGGGCACGAAUGGCAGUGUUACGUACACAUUCCAUCCCAGUGUGGAGCGCAACUAUCCCGGCACCUUCGAGCUGGACGCACUGUCGGGACAAAUCUCCACCCGUCGAUCGCUCGAUCGCGAACAGAUCGCCGCUUACACUCUGGUAGUGAUCGCCCGUGAUCAUGGAUCGCCGCCACAGUCUUCCAGCGCUACUGUACGCAUCACGGUCGAGGACGCCAACGACAACAGUCCCGAACUGUACCCGCGUGCGUUCUUUGUGCCAGUGAGUGAAGAUGCUGCCCCGGGCACGCUGGUUGUGCAGCUGUCUGCCAUUGAUCGAGACGAGGGAGAGAAUGCUGUUGUGCAGUAUGAGCUGGUGGGUGGUCCAACCACUGAUGCAGCUCUCUUUGCGAUCAAUGCCACAACUGGAGCACUGACGCUACGCUCGAGUCUCGCAAAAUCGUCAAAGCCCGUGCACCGUGUGAUAGUGGGCUGCAAGGACAGUGGCGGACGUCGCGCCGAACAGGACGCGGUCGUGGAAGUGGUAAAGGAGUCGCUCGUGGAGGAGAUUGGAUUCGAUACACCCACCGCCACCGGGUACGAGUUUCGUCUGCUGGAAGACAAUGGGCGUGAUCGACUUCCGAAGGCUAGCCAAGAACGGGAGGUGGGCCAAGUGCGUGCUAGGUGGGCGACGGGCUCAUCAUCCGCAGGCUCGUCCAGUGUCGUGUUUUCGAUCGUUCGCGGCGAUUCAGCCGCCAGUUUCCGUAUUCACGAGCGCACCGGAGUUAUUAGCACGGCGCAGCACAUCGAUCGCGAGCAGCACGCGUUCUAUCGGCUCACGGUGGCAGCACGCAAUGGUCUCGCAUAUGGCGAAACGACUGUGAACAUCACAGUGGUUGACGUGAACGAUAAUGCUCCCGCUUUCCUGUACGAACAUGACGAGAUUCGCCUGUCUGAGAAUGCCGCCGUUGGACAGGAAGUGUAUGUGGCCAAAGCGAAGGACGCAGACACCGGUCCCAACAGUCAGGUACGGUUCGGAUUGAGCAGCAAUCCGGAGAGCCUAUUCCGCGUGGCCGAAUCGAGCGGUGUGAUCUACCUAAACCGUUCCAUCAGUGUCGAACCAGGAACGGUGCUGUCCCUCGAGGUUAGUGCCACGGACGGUGGUAAUCCACCGUUGACGACGCGCACCACGGUCCAGGUGACGGUGGAGGACGUGAACGAUCAUACGCCCGUGUUCGAUCACACCUCGUACGAAACAUCGCUGCUCGAGUCUAUGCCAGUCAACUCACGCUUCUUUGCGCUGGCCGCGUCGGAUGCGGAUGUUGGACCGAACGGUCGCAUCUCGUACACCAUCGUGGAGGGUAACGUGGAUGGAAAGUUUGGCAUCUUUCCCGAUGGCUAUCUGUUCGUGCGCAGUGCAUUAGAUCGCGAAGAGCGCGACUACUACGCGCUGACUGUGGCGUGUGCUGACGAGGGACAGCCAGUGCCGCGCAGUUCCUCCGUACCGGUGAUUGUGCACGUCAUCGACGAGAAUGACAACGCACCGCAGUUCACCAAUGGUACGUUCGUUUUCAGUGUAGCCGAGAACGAGCCUCCGGACACGUUUGUGGGCAAGCUGACGGCGAUCGAUCGUGACAUCGGACGGAAUGCAGAGCUCAUCUACACUCUCUCGUCGACCUCAUCAUCUGCAUCGUUAUCAUCGUCCUCCGCGGCCAGCAAGGACCACGAGGAAGACUUUAGCAUAGAUUCACGAAACGGAUUCAUUCGCACCCGCCGUUCAUUCGAUCGUGAGGCGCUCGGCGGUCAGAACUUCCUGGCGCUCGAGGCAACCGUGUCAGAUAAUGGUGCCGUUCGACUUCGGGACCGCGUUAAGAUCAAAGUUUUCAUCACAGACGUGAAUGACAAUGCGCCCGUGUUUGUGCGGGCGCCUUACCGAGUGCAGAUUUCCGAGGGCGCUUCAGUUGGAACGCAGCUCGUGCGCGUCUACACACACGAUGCGGACGAAGGACUGAACGGCGAUGUGUUUUACUACAUUGCCGAAGGGAACCGAGCAGAGCGCUUUACUAUCGACGACUCCACCGGACAAAUAACGCUGGCACGGGCUCUCGAUCGUGAAACGACCGCUUCAUAUCAGCUCACGGUGGUCGCACAUGACGCAUCGAAGCAGCAUCGAUUGAGCGCUUCCACUACCGUCACGAUCGAAGUUUUGGAUGAAAAUGACGACGCACCCGAGUUCACGCAAACGCUCAGCCAAAUUGCAAUCGUCGAGACGACCCCCAUCGGCACCGAGCUCAUGCGGUUCCGUGCAACCGAUCUGGAUCUCGGGGCAAACGCACAGAUUGCCUUCUCGAUCGCUGCCGGCAACCGGCGGGACACGUUCCACAUCGAUGCCCUGUCCGGGGCGCUCUAUCUGCACAGAGGUCUCGAUUACGAGGACACGCAAAGCUACUCGUUGAACAUCUCGGCCGCCGACGGAGGAAACCCACGACUUGCCACCACCAUCCUGUUCGCGGUCAACGUGAUCGAUGCCAAUGACAAUCCGCCCGCCUUCCCGAACACAGCCAUCGUGCGCCAAAUCCGCGAAGGAAUCCCGCUGAACACGCCCAUCGUCACCGUGACGGCCGAGGAUCCCGAUUCCGGUUUGAAUGGCAAGGUACGGUACGAGAUCGCUCACCAAGACCCUCAAGACGGUGACGGGGAGCGCCAUUUCGGCAUAAACCCAACGACAGGAGUAAUUCACACGCUGCACUUUAUCGACCGAGAAGCCAUCGACACGUACCGGCUGACUGUGCUAGCCACCGACCAGGCAGCCCCACCGGCACAGCGACUUUCUGCCGAAAAGCUCGUCACGGUCAUAGUGGAGGACGUGAACGAUAAUGCGCCCGUGUUUGUGUCCAUGAAUGCUGCGAUUUUGCCAUUGCGGGACAGUGCCAUUACGGAGAUUAUGCGCAUCCACGCGCAGGAUGCCGAUUCGAGUUCGAAUGGGCUCGUUACCUACGAGAUGAUCGGUGGCAACAUGGACCUGUUCCAGCUGCAUCGAACGACGGGAGUGAUAACGCUUCGCAAACCGAUCACCAAGCCGGACACUCGCUAUCAGUUGUCCGUACGAGCAACGGAUGAAGCAGUGCAGGCGGAACGAAAGAGUAGCGACGCUUACAUCACCGUGCUUACGACAGGAGCCACCGGCAGCGGUGCCGGAGGACCCGUGUUCGCCAAGAAGGACCUUUCGGGCAGUGUGUCAGAGAACGAACCGAUCGGCACCAGCAUUCUGACAGUUUCGGCCUAUCUCAACUCGGUCUCGGACAUCGAGUACUACGUGACGAACGUGACGUCCGGUGCCAACGGGCGCCAGGUUAACCGUCUGUUUGACAUCGACACCAAGCUUGGAAUUCUCUCGACGGCCGCCGAGCUGGACCGGGAGGCCGGCAUCGAGCACUACGACGUGGAGGUGUACGCCGUUGCCGUCGGUGCCGUGCCCAGGACGACCAGCACCCGGAUUCGCGUGAACGUGCUGGACAAGAACGACAGCCCGCCAAAGUUCCAGAACCUCCCGUUGGUAUUCAGCGUGUCGGAAGAUUUGGCCGUCGGCCAGACGGUAGCGCGCAUCACCGCAACGGACCCCGAUACGCUGGGAAAACUGGAGUACACUCUGCUGGCAGGAGACGCACCCAAGUUCGUGCUGGGGCGGGAAACCGGUUUGCUCAAGCUGCGCGAUACGCUCGACCGCGAGACGGAAGAUUCGUACCGGUUCAAAGUCAGUGUGACGGACGGUAUCCAGAGCACCGAAACUACGAUCACUAUUCAGGUUACCGAUACGAACGACAAUCCACCGGUAUUCGCUGAACCGGCCUAUUCGUUCGACAUUCCGGAGAAUGCGUUACGCGGCUUCCACGUCGGAGUUAUCGGAGCUACCGAUCCGGAUGUCGGGACCAAUGCGGCCGUCACAUACACCGUAAUAUCCGACUGGGCAAAUGAUGUGUUCUCGCUGAACCCGCAAACGGGCAUCUUCACCCUGACGGCUCGGCUCGAUUAUGAAGAGGUACAACACUACAUUUUGGUGGUUCAGGCACAGGACAAUGGCUAUCCUAGCUUAUCCAGCACCGUGACUGUCUACUGUAACGUGGUCGAUCUGAAUGACAACGCACCAAUCUUCGAUCCGAUGAGCUAUUCCAAUGAAAUCUUCGAAAAUGCGCCGAUUAAUUCGGACGUAGUCACCGUUAGUGCCACCGACAUCGAUUCUGGAUCCAAUGGGCGUAUCGAAUACUCGAUAACGGCCGGAGACGAUAAUGAUGACUUUCAAAUCAUGGGUAACGGCACUAUUCGUACGCGCCGAUCGCUCGACCGUGAAUCGAAAGGCUCCUACAGUCUGGUGGUGACGGCUAGGGAUUGCGCCAACGAACCCGAGAAACGGCUCUCGUCCACUGUUCAGGUUACGAUCGUGUUAAAGGAUAUCAAUGACCUAGCGCCUGAGUUUGUCACACCGAACGAAACGAGCGUGGCAGAGAACAUCCCAAUCAACACGGUCAUCAUGGCGAUCAAGGCUAUCGAUCGAGACGAAGGACGCAACGGGUACGUCGAGUACCUGCUGGAAAACCAAGGUUCGGCCACGAGCCCAUUCACGAUUGGGCAGGCAGACGGAUUGCUGCGAGUUUCCGCACAGCUCGACCGCGAAACCAAGUCGAAUUACGAGCUAAAGGUCACCGCCAAGGAUCGUGGUGAUCCGCCGAAGAUGACCCAGUCGCGCAUCCUUAUCAACGUGCUGGACGAGAACGACAACAGUCCCAUAUUUGAUCCGAAGCAGUACAGUGCAGCGAUAGCGGAAAAUGCCAGCAUAGGAGCUAGUGUGCUGCAGGUUUCCGCUACCGAUAUCGACGAAGGCGCUAAUGGACGCGUACGCUUCUCGAUAGCAGCGGGCGAUGACAACCGCGACUUUACCAUUAGCGAAGACAGUGGCGUGGUACGGGUGGCGAAAAAUCUCAACUUCGAGCGCAAAUCGCUCUACGCCAUUACGGUACGGGCCGAGGACUGCGCUGGCGACACCGAAAACAGCGACGUGCGUUUUGACACCGCCCGAUUAUCGAUCACCAUCACGGACAUCAAUGACAAUCCGCCGACCUUCCUCGAUUCACCGUAUCUCGCCUACGUAAUGGAGAACGUCAUCCCGCCGAACAAUGGCUACGUGAUUACGGUGCGGGCGUACGACGCCGACACGCCGCCAUUCAAUUCCCAGGUUCGCUACUUUCUCAAGGAGGGCGACACCGACUUCUUCAAGAUCAACGCAUCGACGGGCGAAAUAUCCUUACUCCGGGCGCUAGAUCGCGAGAUGCAGGAAGAGUACAUCUUGACACUCGUGGCUAUGGAUACGGGAUCACCACCGCUUACGGGAACUGGUACAGUACGCGUCUUGGUACAGGAUAUUAACGAUCACAAUCCAGAGUUCGAGCGGCAAUCGUACCAGGCGACGAUAGCGGAAAACCAGCCGAUCGGAACUCGAGUACUGUGGCCAAAGGCUACCGAUCGUGAUGCGGGUCUGAACGCGAAAAUUCGCUACACGCUGCUCGGUGAGCAUUUGAGCCGCUUCCGACUGGACGCCUUUAGCGGAGAAAUCACCACGGCCGCCGUACUCGAUCGCGAGGAUAUGCCCAUCUAUCACUUUACGCUGAUGGCUCAGGACAGCUCCACCACGGAGCCGCGGGCGACGCUCGUCAAUCUAACCAUCAACGUGCAGGAUGUGAACGAUAAUAGUCCAGCAUUCGGUGCGCCUACAUUCCAUGUCAAUGUGCCCGACCGCAUCAAACCAGGCCAGUUCGUGUUUGGGGCGAAGGCGAUCGAUCGCGACGAAGGUGUCAAUGCACGGCUGCUUUACUCGAUCGUCGGAACGGACGCGUCCAAGUUUCACAUCAACGAGCAUACCGGAGUGAUCGAGGCGGCAGCUGAGCUGUCGACACCGCUGUCGGGCACCAACAACGAUCGCGUAUUUCGCCUAGCGAUUGUCGCAAAGGAUCAGGGCUACGAGCCGCGUUCGGCAACCUGCGAGCUCGCGAUUUCUCUGCGAUCGGCUCAUCUAUUUCCCGUCUUUUCCUACACUUCCGAAACACAGUUCGUGCUGCCGGAAGACAUCGCAGACGGUAAGAUGGUGACAAAGUUAGCGGCAACAUCACCAAAGAAAGGCGCCGUAGGUACCAUACGGUACGCCAUUGCUGGAGGCAACAUUGAUGAUGCACUGCGCAUCGAUGCGAACACCGGUGAAGUUGCAGUGAAUCGCAACGGGCUGGACUACGAGCGCCACCAGCAGUAUGAGGUGUGGAUAGAGGCUGCCGACUCUGACCGUCCGAGCCUGCGCAGCGUGCUGCAGCUGAUUGUUAAUGUUACCGACGCGAAUGACAACACGCCCGUCAUGGACCGGUCGGUGUAUACGGCGGAAGUACUGGAAGAAGAAUCGCCGUCACAAUUGGUCACGAAAGUGUCCGCCACGGACGCAGAUUCGGAGGAGAAUGGUCAGAUUACGUAUCGAUUGCGCGAUGAUUUCGAAAGCUUCGAAAUCAACACCGACACCGGUGAGAUCUACACGACCACAAGGCUGGACCGUGAAGACAUUGCGCAGUAUACGUUGAUUGUGGAGGCGGUCGAUCAAGGUGUACCGCAGCUGACCGGUAGUGCAACCGUUUUGGUAAACGUACUCGAUAAAAAUGACAAUCCACCCAAGUUCACACGCCUCUUCUCGGUGAACGUUACCGAAAAUGCCGAAAUAGGACAGUUUGUGAUCAAGAUCACCUCGUCCGACUCGGACAUCGGGAUCAACGCGAAUGCUACGUAUAUUUUCACCGAGAACCUCGGCAGUAAGUUCUCGAUCGACUCCACUACCGGUAAUGUAACCGUAGCAGGUCAUCUGGACCGUGAACAGCAAGACGAGUACAUUCUGAAGGUGGCAGCAGUUGACGGUGCCUGGCGUACGGAAACACCUCUCACCAUAACGAUCCAGGAUCAGAACGAUAAUGCGCCCGAGUUCGAGCACAGCUACUAUAGCUUUAACUUCCGCGAAUUGCAGAAAGCGAUUACGUUCGUUGGUCAGGUGAUUGCGACGGAUCGUGACAAGCAGGGCCCCAAUUCGGUCAUUUCCUACUCGCUACAGCAACCGUCCGACUUGUUCACCAUCGAUCCAGCGACUGGUGAAAUCUUCAGCAAGCGGCGCAUCCACUACAAGCACACGCAGAUGGAGGCUUCGCCCGAAAACAGCUUCACGCUAACAGUUCUUGCUACCGACAACGGCAAGCCCCCGAUGUACACCGAGUGUAUGGUGAAUAUCAACGUGGUUGACGCCAACAACAACCCGCCCGUCUUUAGUCAGAGCGAAUACAUGGCGCCCGUACCAGAGGGAGCGGAUAUUGGGCAGCGAAUCGUACAGUUGACCGCGCGAGACGAGCUGGAUUUUGGUGUGAACGCUGAAAUCGAGUACCACAUAGUCGGGGGCAACGGAUCGGACCAUUUCGCCAUCAACAAGCUCGACGGGUGGAUCGUCGUUGGUCGGAAGCUGAGCGAGGUUUCGGCAAACCCUGGCACAGUGUACAUCUUACAAGUGCGAGCCGUCGAUCGGGGCGUACCACCACAGCAAGACGAGGUUAGUGUAACGGUCGUCGUAACCGGCACAAACCGAUUUGCACCUGUCUUCCAAAGCCCUUCCUACCAGGUUAUUGUGCCGGAAAAUGAACCAGUUGGCUCAACGAUCCUUACGGUGAGUGCACCGGACAAUGACGAUGGCCCAAACGGAAUGGUGCGCUACGCGAUAAUAGCUGGCAACGAACGGAACGAUUUUAUGGUGCACAGCGUGACUGGUGCGGUCAGCAUCCGGAACUCGCUUGAUUUCGAUUUGAUACAGGUCUACCAACUGAACAUUACCGCCGAGGAUCUUGGUUACAAACCAAAACGAUCCAUUGCCAUGGUCACAAUCACGCUCACCGACAUUAAUGAUAAUGCGCCAUACUUCAAUCAAUCGCUGUACGAUGCAUACGUGGCCGAAAACUCGCCCGCCAGCACGGUCGUGUAUCGGGCGCAGGCUCACGAUCGAGACUCACCUAAAAAUGCCAUCAUCAACUAUGCCAUUGUGGGAGGCUCUGGGCGAGAGCUGUUUGCCAUCGAGACUGCUACCGGUAUCAUUACGUCGCGAGCGACGUUCGAUUACGAAGAGCAAGACCAAUACACGCUAACCAUCUCGGCCUACAAUCCCGAUUCUACAAUGCGCAACGAAACCAAGGUGAUCGUGCACGUUACGGGCGUGAACGAAUACUUCCCCAAGUUCAUCCAACCGGUGUUCCAUUUCGACGUAUCUGAAUCGGCAGAAGUGGGGUCCAGUGUGGGUAUUAUAGAAGCAACCGACAAGGAUGCAGGCGAGGAUGGUAAGGUGUACUACCUGCUGGUGGGUUCGAGCAACGACAAAGGCUUCAGCAUACAUUCCAGCACCGGCGUACUGGUGGUGUCACGCAAUCUCGACCGCGAGACGCAAUCUCGCGUGGUGCUAACGGUUCUGGCAAAGAACUACGGAGGCAUCCGAGGAAACGACACUGAUGAAGCGCAGAUCAUUAUCUCCAUCCAGGACGGCAAUGAUCCACCAGAGUUUCAGCGUGAACUCUACGAGGCUAGUGUUUCCGAGGGUGAUCCCAUCGGAACAAAACUGAUCGUUGUUAAGGCCGUAGAUAAGGACGUUCGGCCGCAGAACAAUCAAUUUAGCUUCUCCAUCAUUGGCGGCAAUAACGAUCACUCGUUCAAAAUCGAUCCUCAGACGGGUCAAAUUGAAACGGCGCGAAAGCUAGAUCGAGAAACUGUUCCGCUCCACAAAUUGCUGCUAGGCGCGAUCGAUACAGGCACACCUCCCCAAACGGGCACCACGAUUGUGCGAAUCACCGUAACUGACAUCAAUGACAAUGGCCCUACGUUCGAUCCGAAGGACACGUUUGGAUCGGUGCUAGAAAACGAACCGCCCAACACCGUCGUCAUGACGUUAGCCGCAAGUGAUCCCGACCUCCCACCGAACGGUGCUCCCUUUACGUAUCAGUUGGUCGGAGGCCGUCAUAAAUCUCUAUUCACGCUCGAACGUCACUCCGGCGUGCUAAAGACGGUUCGCAGUCUUGAUCGGGAACAAACACCACAGCUGGAACUGCUUGUCGAGGUGGAGGAUAACGGAAAGCCUCGCAAGCGAACGCAACACACAAUUACUGUGAAUGUGCUGGACCAAAACGAUAGUCCAUCGACACCGCGAACCGCACACGUGCUGGUGUACGUCUUUGGCGGUGGCCCGUUACAUGGAGACAUUGCCAGCGUGCACCCAAACGAUCCCGAUGUAACAGGCGACUAUCGCUGCAAGCUGCUAACCGAUGUCAAUAAGCAACCCGUGACAGCAUUCACGAUUCCAAACGGUUGUCAGCUACGGCUUACCAAUCCUAACCGCAUUCCUACGACUGGUCAUACGUUCCUAGUGUCUGGCAAUGACGGCAAACACCCGGACGUCACCUCCACAGUUUCGGUAGAGUUCUUACACUUUGAUAACGCCACAAUUGACCAGUCGAUCACGGUCCGCCUGGAGAACAUCAACAGUGCAAACUUCCUUGCCAACUACUAUCGCAACUUCAUCGACAUAGUAAAAGCGUCUCUUGAGCCAGCCGACGAUCUGAUAUUGUACAGCCUGCUAAACUCCGGAAAAGCACUUCAUAUUACCCUUGCAGUACGGAACACGCCGCUCAAAGGAUACCGUUCGAAGCAGCACGUGAUCGACCGGAUUUCGCGCAAGCUUGAAGCAAUUGGACAGCUGCUUCCCAACGUUCUCACCACGGUCGGUUACGAUCCCUGCCGUUCCAAGGAUACAUGUGCCAACGGUGGUGUGUGCAGUGCACGUAUUCAAGUACACCCAGAGGAGGACAAUCUCAUCACCGAUAGCCAGUCUCUCGUAUUUGCUUCACCGCCGGUGCGGCACGAUUUUGCUUGUACCUGUCCUGAUGGUUACACUGGCGCUCGCUGCGAUAAACGACAGGAUCCAUGUUCGCCGAAUCCAUGUCAUGCAGGAGGCCAGUGUCGUCGACAAGGGUACGACUUUCAGUGCACCUGUCCUGCAAAUCGAGAAGGGAAAUUCUGCCAGCUGGAACGCGGAGACAUUUGCUCUAGCGGUCCCUGCAAAAAUGGCGGUUCGUGUCGCGAGAGUUCGGACGGUUCCUCCUUUUUCUGCCUGUGUCGGCCGGGGUACCGAGGCAAUCAAUGCGAGACAGUGGCAGACUCGUGUCGACCAAAUCCAUGUCUACACGGUGGUUUGUGCGUUAGCCUUAAACCGGGCUACAAAUGUAGCUGUGUCGAAGGCCGAUACGGGCGACACUGCGAGAAAACUACGUUUGGAUUCCGUGAAUUGUCUUACAUGGCGUUCCCGGCGCUUGAUUCGGCCACCAACGAUAUAUCGGUAGUGUUUGCCACCACUAAGCCGGACGCUCUGCUAAUCUACAACUACGGUAUUCAGAGCGGAGGCAGGUCCGACUUUGUUGCGAUGGAAAUAGUGAAUGGAAGAGCGGUCUUUUCGUACGGCGGCGCCCGAACUGCCAUCACUUCCCUUGUGGUGGGUCAGAGCACAUUAACUGCCAGUGGACGGAAUGGGUCUAUUUCAAAUGGAGAAUGGCACAAAAUCACGGCCACACGCAAUGGACGCGUAAUGUCCCUGAGUGUCUCGAAGUGCACGGACAACGGCGACUAUUGCGAUGAUUGCCGACCGGGCGAUUCCAGCUGCUACGCUGACGAUACAGGUCCUACAGGCACGCUCAACUUUAACAAGCACUAUCUGCUUGUCGGAGGGCUUAUGGCGGCGGAUCCGGUGCUCGAACGACCAGGUCAGGUACAUUCGGAUGACCUGGUAGGAUGUGUGCACAGCGUCUCCAUCAACGGGCGGGCACUGAAUCUGAGUAAUCCGAUUAAAUCUUUCGGUAUUGAAUCGACAUGUCAACGCAGCACAGGUAGUAACGGCCCAUGUGGCCUCGGAUUACCCGAAGAUCCGGCCCAGCCCCUCUGCGGUCCGUACGGCCAAUGCAUGGACCGAUGGCAUACGGCCAUGUGCCGUUGCGGUGGAGCAAUCCUGUCUCCUGACUGUUACGGCUCCCUGGACGCAUAUUCACUGCAAGACGGCGCAUUCAUCGAGUUCGAAAUAACGGAAAAGCACAAGCGCAUGCAGCUGCUGGAAAGCAUAUACAGUGGCAAAAGCUGGAUCUGGAGCUACGAUGUAACACGCAGCAAGCGGCACGACGGUCAUGUCGCUCCCACGCUGACGAUCGCCGAAGAUCCACCCAAGUAUAUGAGCAUCAUGUUCAAAACAAACAAGCCGAGCGGAGUAUUGAUCUAUGCCGCGACCAGUAGCAAACACUAUACCGCUAUCGAGCUGCGAAAUGGCCGACUUUCAUAUACCUCGCACCAAACGUCCUUCGUGAACGUGUCCGCAUCAGCCGGCGGUGGACAGGACGGCCAUUCCCUGGCUGACGGCAGUUGGCACAAUGUGACGCUCCAUUCGCACAACCGCAUACUGCAAGUGUUGGUUGACGGGCGUAUUGUGGUGCCGGAGUUGGAUGCGACGGGCGUGCACGACUUUCUCGAUCCAUACCUUACCGUACUGGCAAUCGGCAACGUGCGACGGGAAUACUUUAGUGCUGGCGAUACCGAACCAAUGCCAGCCUACUUUCAAGGUUGCCUAGCCAAUUUCACCAUCAACGGUGAGGUACAGCCGUUUAACGGAUCUGGCAGUAUCUUCCGCAGCGUCGUCCAUCGUGGCAACGUGGCGCAGGGCUGUGUCUGGAGCGUUCUCGGCACGGCACAGGUUACCAACCCGCUCAACAUUGGCAUCACGCUGGUGAUCGUAUUUUUCGUGAUGCUUUUGAUCGGCAUUUUCAUCUCGUUCCUGGUGGUGCGUUGCCGUCGGCAACACAAAGAAAAGAGCGGCGCUCUGGGCCACUCUUCCACUGCACUACACUCCAAGCAAAAUGGAACCGGCGGAUCGACACUGUUGGCCGGUUCGGGACUGGUCUCGUCAGGUGGUUUGCACAGUGACGGUAGUGGGCGCGGUUUGCAUGCAAAUGAUCUUUCUGUGGUAGGAUACCACUCAGAAGGAAGUGAUAUGCUGCGUGGUGUGAGCGGCCAUCACCUCGUCGGUCCCGAACUCAUCUCGAAAAAGUAUAAAGAGCGCGAUCUCGGCAGUUCAGAACCUCAAAGACCUCAGCGACCGGAUAUAAUCGAGCGGGAAGUGGUGAGUAAGAGUCCACCGUUGCCUCCUCCGAGCCAGUCGCAUCAUCCGUCAGCGCCCCACGAUCACACCAACAACCCAUCCUCGAUGGAUCUAGGCUCAGAGUAUCCGGAACACUACGACCUCGAGAACGCCAGUUCGAUCGCACCUUCCGAUAUAGAUAUAGUGUAUCACUACAAGGGUUACCGGGAAGCAGGCGGUGUACGUAAGUACAAGGCCACUCCACCCCCCGUUGCUACGGCCUACACGCAUCAUAAGCAUCAGACGUCAGCAGCAGCAAACCAACAGCAGCAUCGCCAUUCGCCACAUCACGCCGCUGCCGGUGGACCUUACGCACCUCGGGUUUUGCCACCGCCCCAAGCUAGUCAACCACCGCCAUCGAAUGGAGCAGCACACGCGCGCCAACACCAGUCAACGCCACUGGCAAGGCUCUCGCCCAGUUCGGAGCUUAGUUCACAGCAGCCACGCAUCUUGACGCUGCAUGACAUCUCCGGCAAGCCACUGCAAAGUGCACUGUUGGCCACGACAUCCAGCUCGGGUGGCGUGGGAAAAGAUGCGUUGCACAGUAAUAGCGAGCGAAGCCUCAACAGUCCCGUGAUGAGCCAGCUUUCGGGACAGAGUUCGAGCGCGCGCAGUCGCAGUAAGAAUCCCAACGGAGUUCCUUCACAACCACCGAACGUAGUGUCGGUUAGUUCCGUCGUGGUACCAGUGGGCCAUGGGGGCAUGGGCCUUACCGCCGAAGAGAUUGAACGGCUGAAUGCGCGCCCCCGUACAUCCAGUCUCGUCUCGACGCUGGAUGCGGUGUCCAGCAGCAGUGAGGCGCCGGCACGUGUGCCAGCUCCACAUCUUUCACACAUGCACCACUCACCGGCAGACAUUGAUGCGCAUAGCUCUACCUCUACGGACGAGAGCGGUAACGAUAGCUUCACAUGCUCCGAGAUCGAGUACGACAACAACAGUCUGAACGGUGACACGGGCCCCCCCAACAACGUGGUCGUUGGCGGCAAGUACGGAAAGGGCCGUGAUGAUCCGGGAAGACGUAACGAUGUUGGUGGAGGCGGCGGUGGAGGUCCUGGCGGAGUCAGCGGUGGGGUCGGUGUGGGCGGAAAUGGAAGCGGCGGUGGUGGCAAGGGAGCACCGCAUCUACCACCAGCCUCGUCCUACGAUGGUUUCGAUUCUUCGUUCCGAGGAUCGCUCAGCACGCUCGUUGCGUCGGACGAUGAUCUUUCCAGCCACAUGGUUGGAAUCUACCGACAGCCGAAUGGAGGCGCUGCCUCACCGUCGGCCACCGGCUGGGACUAUCUGCUGAAUUGGGGUCCCAACUUUGAGAGUCUCAUGGGUGUGUUCAAGGACAUUGCCGAACUGCCAAGCGACGUAACGGUCAACGGUCGAGUGCCAAACUCGCUGCGUAUUCCUACCAGCGUUCAGUCAAAACCUUCCGAGGAGUACGUUUAAAUGACGAACGGCAUCCCCGAACGAAGGUUCACCAGUUCAUCAACGUUGUAACAUUUUUGUAUAAAAACUAAGCAAAUCAAGCAAAUGCAACCUCCCACUGUUCGCAUCACAAAUAGGUAGAGCAAAUAACAAAACUAGCUAAGGAAACCCUCGUGUACAUAAAACUACCAUGCCUCGAAUGCAGAACCAUCUGAGAUUAGCAAUUAGUUAACGAACUAAACGUGUAAGCGCAAAGUAUGAUCGGUGCAGCGCAUUCCAUCCGUAACUGGGCUGAGAAAUGAACAAUAGGAGAGCUAGUUCAACGGAGGUACUUUUUAAACGGUGGUACCUUGUAUCAAGGUCCUAAAGCUGUAUGUAGCAUGUACGACUGUCUAGGAACUGCACCAAUUAGAAAUCUCUCUAUGCAUUUAUGCACCCCCUUCGUUAAGUGUCGGCUGCAGGACAAUUGAUCUAUCAUCAGGAAUGGUUCGCUCCUGAGACGGAUCGUUUUUAUCGUUAAAAAAAGAAAACAGAGGCAAAAGAUGAUAGAAAUGCAGUGCUAUGCCCUUUAAGGUUUAACGAAACGUGCACAAGAGCACGCUUGCUAAUAAUGUGUACAUAUAGUAGAAGACAAAAGGCGCUGUUCGAGCCGAAUCGGGCACUGAAUCGAUGUAGCGUGUAAGCUUCUCUUGCCAUAUGCUUAUAAAGAUAUAAGAAAAACUCAUGCAGGGAUAGCAGCUGCAGUGUGAGGGAUCCGCAUGAGCCUAUGAUUUUAAUACGUUAUGAGACUGUUUUAUUUUUAGCUUUCAAACUCAGCGUAGGUAGUCGUGCUGUAUUAUAAUUAUAGAAAGUAUUGCCUUUUAGCUUUUGUUUUUAACUUUUGCGCAGUUUUAUUUUCGAUCUGUGCCCCCUGGGGGUUUUUAAUGAACCUUGACAUUGCCGGCAGUACAUAAUGGCAGUGUACACACUGUUCGAAGAUGAAAUGCAACGAUUUUAAAAUCACUAUCAAACCACGUGCAAGUCUAAAGAAAAAACAAAUCUUUUCGGAACAAAAUAAAACAGUUCAUCUGUUUUUAACUGAGCGGAACACUAAACGGGCGGCCGCCAAACAGGUCCAUUGUAACGUAUAGUUGAAGAAUAAAUUUCACACCACCGUAAAAUUUUAAAGAAA